GUGACGGGAGUUUUAUCUGUUUUGAUCUGGAGAACAGGAAGAACUUCUUCUGUCUUGUGUGAUGGACGGUGGAGACAGACGUUGGUGGUGACAGAGUUGGUCAGGAUCAACAUGUGACACCAUAUCCAUGACAUUAGUGUUUAAUCACAUGACCAGCAGACUUUGGCUGACCAGAGGUGUCCAUGUUUGUUUGGUUUUCAGCCUCUUCUGUCUCAUUACAUGUCAAGUUGGACUCAUUGGAGCUUUUAGACAAAUCUGAGUUUCCCAGUCGUGAUGAAGUCGACGAGUCCUCCAACUUAAACCACCAUAUACUUAGUUAGUCCCUACCCUCUGAUACGAGCCACAGCAGUGCACCAGCUGCAGGUGUACCGGACCUUUGUCUUUGGUCUGCAGCUCUAACUCUGUGAAGGCUGCUGUCUGGUCUCUGGGUCGCAGGCAUAGACCCAACUCUGAUCACCGGUGAUGAUCCCUGACAUGAAGGGUGGGUCGUCCUGGGCCUAGUGUGUAUACUCAGUGUAUAAGAGAGAGAAGAAGGGAGGUAAACCACUGUCUCAUGGCUACAAUUCACAUCUGCCAUCUACUGUACGUGGUGUUUUCUAACUGGUAAAGAUGAGGUGGUUCAGACCGUUGAACAGAGUCUCUUUGUGGUUUUGGUCUGUUCAGAUAAAGCAGUCGUUUUCCUAUAAUUUCUCCAUAUAAGGUAAACCUCUGUGCCUCCAGCUCCACCUGCUCCAAAGUGGAUGAUAAUCAUGUGGUUGAAGGGAAGGUGUGGUUAGUCAGUCUCCUAUAAGAAUAACUGGUUGUGCUGCGUGCAGCUCAGAGAUCAACAGCCUCCAGACUGUGGUCACAGACCAUCAUCCAACAACCAUCCAGACUACCUGCUGAUCAGCUCCACCAGCCACACCUUUCUGGACCAGUAUCCAGCUCUCCAAGCCUCUUCCCAGUCAUGGCGUCUCCACGGUGGUCUACCUCCAUGCUGUUGGCUUCACUGAUCCUCCUCCUUUACUGGACGACCUCCUCUGCUCAGUCACAUGACUCCACCUCCACCGACCUCUCAGCCCUCGACAGGUUCAAGAGAAUCCUGCCUGAAGACACCAAAGACAAAACAGAAAAAGGCCUAAGUGUUGUAAAAGACUCUCUAACUGUAAUCAAAGAUGUGUUGGAUUACAUUAAAACUAACAAUAUAGCAGAUGUGUUGAAGGGGAUCUCCAAUAUUGCCAGCUUGGCGCCUGGCAUCGGAUCUCUUGUCUCUUCAAUCAUUAUGUUGGUCUUGGUUUUUAUCCCUCAGCGUGACCCGUUGAAGGAAGGGUUUGCUGAGGUGAACAGGAAACUGGACCUUCUUUCCAUCCAGAUCUCCAACCUUGCAACAGAUGUAGAAUGGUUCAGCUACGCCAGCAUCUAUUCUCAAGAUGAGGUCCGCAUCCUCAACGCCUGGAAGAAGUUAACAGAGUUCCGUGAGAACAGUGGGUUGGUAAAAACUGCUGAAGACAGACUCCGACUGGCAGAGAUAUUCACCAACUACUAUGAGAACACAGCAGUUGAGGCCAGUGUGGCCAACCUCUACCAUUACCUGACAGUCAGCAGCACGUCUCUCAGUGGAAACCUCAACGACCUGCUGAGGAAGAAGUUUAAAUGUAACAUUGGUGAGAUCGGUAAAUUUAACAUAUAUUUCAGCAGCUUGCUGUGGAGGGGGAUGGUACUCAACCAGCUCUACUGGAAUCUGAUUGGUUUUAACCCAUCAGACAAAGAAGCUGAACAAACCAAGAUGUUCAAGACCGUCUCUGAAGCUCAGAUAUCAGCUGUGAAGUUCUGCCUGGACAACUAUAAGGAGUACAUGGAGAAGGACGUGGAGGAGAUCAGCAAAGCAAUGAAUCCUGACAACAAACAAGCUGUCGCAGAUCAGGUGAAAAACGCUCUGGACAAGAAAUAUAACUGGUAUAACUGGGUGGUGCUGGUACACGACACAGGCAAGGAUAAAAAGCACAUCUUUUAUAAUAUGCAGGAUAUCCCUGUUGGUAAAAUCACUGUGGCUGUGGGCUACACUCAGAAAACAAAGGAAGAAAAAAAAGAAGAAGUAAUAAAAGAGUUGAGCUCGUGUUACAUGCAACCACAAACACAUCAAAUAUCCAAAAAACUAACCGAGCAGAUGGUUGAGACACCGUGUGAUAAUAUCGCACAGGAAAUACCACGAUGUAGUCGAAAGGUUGGUGAUGCUCCUGUGAGCCAGUUUGUUAAAGUGAUGCACGCCAGCUAUAAAGGGAAAAUUGCUAAAGUCCCAGAUGCUCUGCAGUCUUCCACUUGUCUUUCUAGCAACGUCAUACCAAAGAUAGGUGAGAUCCACAUCUAUUACUCCAGAACCUUACCCCUCUGCACUCCUAAUCCCUGUAAGAACAACGGAAAGUGUGAGAAGCUGCUGGACUCGAAUGAAUGGCUGUGUAACUGCCCAGAUGGUUUCUAUGGAGACAAAUGUGAAAACAUAUUUAAAAUCAACAAGACUCCAGUGGCUGAUAUAAACCAUCCUGUGCCUGACAUCAGCACCAUUGACAACAAACUGGUCAAGAUGGAGUCCAAACUGGAGGAGGUUCUCAAAACUAUCAAAGAGCAACGUCCCCGUCAGUAGAAGAUAAACCUCAAAAACCAACCACCCAUCAAGUGAUUGAGCACCUGACAACAGCACUAAACAGUCCAAAUAUUAUCUCCGGACAACCUGCAAAUGAAGAUGGAAGCAACUGACCAUCUUCAGUUCAGUGACAUGAUUGACACAUGAGAUUCACUAGAGCUGAAAAUCUGAGACUCAAGUCCUGAAGUUUCCUUUUAGCCUUGUGAGUGUUACAUUUCUUGUACAAAGAUCCAGAUGUUGUGAAUACAACUUAUUUUAACAAAAUCCAAAUCUAGCUUACAAAAAUUCAUCUUUUCAAAACAACAUGUUUUGUAUGAACAUGAUCUACGUUGUGCACAACGAUCUCAUGCAAACAUCCUUUAUAAAAAUCAAUUUAAACUGCAACAAGUGAUUAUCUUGGAUCCAUAUGUUGUGAGUUUUUUUGAGAAUUGUCCAGUUAAAUCUUUGCAGCUGCAACACAACAACAUGUGGAAUGAUCUGCUGUGUGUUCAGAAAGUUGAGCCAAAGGAAGAACUUAUUACUCAGUGUGGUGACGAUGUUAGAUUGUUUACAUGUUUCACCCUCAGGAGUUUAAAAAAGGCGGUAAAAAGGAUCAGCUCUGACUUUACAAAACAUCAAAAUACUAAACUAGAAUUGUUGCAAAGUUAACAAACCUUAAAAUAACCUGUCCUCAUUGGAAAAAUAACAUAUGUAUACAAGAGAAUCAUUUUCACACAAAAAUCAAAUGGAUUUUUUUUCUGGGAUGAGCAGACUCUAACUUUAACUCACCUGGGAAAGUUAGAGUUUGUGUGGUCGUCAGGUUGUAAAUGUGGAACCAGAGAAAGCUCAGACUCAUCUGAAAAUCAAUAUGUGGAUUAAUAACUGAAUAAAACAUCAAUAAAUCAGUUAUAAUUACAGUCAAUCACAAAUCAUCAUCAUCUUUAUGUGCUUCACCUCUUUGCUCUUGUCUGUGAUUGUAAAAGGAAGCAGAUGUCAUGUUAUUAAAAAUCAUCUCCAGCUUCA